UGUGGGGGUUAGUGGGGGUAUGGAGAGAGACUUGAGAGUAGCCAGCUCUAGCCUGCUCAACAGCUCCAUUCCAGCAUCACUUCUUUCCCACUGGGGAAGCGGCCUCCAUUCCUCACACCCGCAGGGAGGCAGGCCCAACCAAGCUGCAGCCGGCGCUGGGCCCGCCUGGAAUGCGGGAACAGGCUGUGCACCAGGACUUUUAUGGAAACUUGCUGCUGGAGACGGCGGCGGCGGCGGCGGCGGUGGCAGCAGCAGCCAGAGGGUUCUCAGCGGCAGGAGCGGCGGCGGCGGCGGCCCGAGCGCUCAGACCCCUGCCUGCAGGACGCGCACAGCCUCUGCAAGCGCACCGAGGACAUCAGCUUGUGGCAGCCUCCCGGCGGGUGAGAUGAGACCGGGCGCUGGGGCGUGGGGCGUGGGCAGGGGCGGCGGAGACCGAGGUGUCGGGUCCCCGGGUGGGGAGGGCGGGGGCUGCGCGAAGAAGCCGCUGGCACCCGGGCUCUGGGACCGUCUCCGCUGCGGCGCCGGGGAGCGCAUCCACCCAGCUGCGGCCGCGCGCGUCCCGGGGAGGGAGACCGGGCCGGUCCCGCAGGCUCCGCGCAGUGCGAACCCGCGUCCGACCCGCUGA